UUACCACACCUCUUUCUUUUCCAGGUAAGACUAAAACACGAAAGAUUACUGAGAAAUGAUUAGUUUUUUUUUUUUACCAGAUUGCAGAUGAAGUAAAUUGAUUAUAAAAAUGCACUACACUGACUCUAAUGCAGCAAUCAGCAAAUUAACUAGUAAGUAGAGUUAUUAAAUACAUGGAGAGCAGAAAAAAAGUACAAUAAAAGAGUAAAUGUAAAGUAGCAGAAAAUACAAAUAAAGUAAAGAAGCUUGAAUUGUCCAAACUCCAUAAAACAUCUGUUUAGAGACAGCAGUAUAAAUAAAAGGGGAAAAAAUAUCAAGAUUGAUGAAGAAGAACAGUUUAAUAACAACUUUAUGUAAACAUAAUAUUAUUAUUACAAAAUACAAUUUAAAAUAAUAAAAUAAAUCAUUUUAUUGUGAAAGAUAACUUUGACCGGAAGUGAUUUCCUCACCGCGACAGGCGGUUAUUUGCAACAAACUCCGUAAUGGCGGCCGGACGAGGGGAGUUUUAUCGGAGUUUGUUGGAGGGCCUGGAGAGGAAACCCGCCCAGCCUAGUCAUGGGAGGGGAACAGCGGGUCCAGGUCGAGGACAGUCGGGUCCGGGUCGAGGACAGUCGGGUCCGGGUAAACGACAGACGGGCCGCAGGCAGAAGAAGAAGAAGCAGCUAAAGGCUUCACCGAGCUUCGUUAGCGGGAAAGAUGGCAGAACAGACAGAGAGGAAGAGGAUUUUCCCAAAAGUUUUCCUUGCAAGGAAAACUUAAUGGAAAGGCUGCCAUGUGAGAUCCUGAUUAAGAUCCUGUCGUACCUGGACGCGUCCUCGCUGUUCUGUAUCAGCCACGUCAGCAAGCUCUUCCACUCGCUCGCCAACGAUGAUGUCAUGUGGCAGAAGAUUUACAUGUCAGAGUUUGGGACUCAAACAUGGAGGCCAAAGUCGGUGGAUAAUGCAGCGCUGAAGGAUGACCCGGAGGACGUGGGGGACCGGUCUGCCGGCAACUGGAAGAGGCUGUACUUUAGGACCACAGCUGGAUAUGAAAUGAACAAGUGGAGGAGAGAGCUGAGAGAAAACAGUCCCUACACUGGGCUGCCCAGACAGACGGAGUGGGUCCUCAGGAACAUGAACGUGUGCUGGGAGCUGACGGUGACUGAUUGUUUGGGACGGGAGAUCACACUGGGGCAGAGUCGAGCGUAUUUCUUCGAGUCCUCCGUGAUCGUCCGCUGGAGUGAAGGCAGCUUCCCCAGAUAUCACCACAUCCACAACAUCCAGCUGCACGGAGUCCGGAAGGAGCGGCUGAAGAUCCCCGACGUCAGGAAGCCUGCCUGGCGUUCUUUGAUUUCAAAGCUGGAGUUGAAGUCUCAGCGUGUUUGGCACCUCGGCAAAGACAGGCUGGUCAGACUGCUGCAUCUGGUGCCCGGCUUCAUCAUCGGCAUCUGGAGGGGUCAGCAGAGUAUUGCUUUCAUCAUGGCCAGCCUGCACUUCCACAAGUUGGUGGAGAAGAGUCUGCUGGGAUAUCCAGCCUGCCCGUACUAUGAGCCUGAGGACCUCCCACCUGUGGAUAACUCGGACCCUGAGUUUGGUCUGCACGGCUACAGUCUGCACUUCGUCCUGCACAACACCGGCACUCAGAUCAUGUUGGGACACUUCCGCGAGCUCUCCUUUUGCACAGAUCAGAUCAGCCGUGGACUGUUGGAGCUGAGGGUCAUCAACAGGAACGACUUGUCUCAGCACAGGUCGCUGUCUGGAAACAUCAAGCUGCCCUGGAAGAGCGAGUUUCUGGAGGGCUCAGUGGAGAACUGCUGCAUCAUAACGUUGACUCUGCUGGACGAGUUCCAGAAACCCUUCUGGUGCGUCAGCUCGCCCAUUUACGUCACAAUGGCGAAGAAUUCGCCGUCUGUCGACUACAGUGGCGAGCUCUUUGUGAUGGAGUACCAGAACGCAGAGGGUAAGGUGAAGAUGAAGCUGGUGUGGUUGAAGGAGCAGAAGCAGUUCUUCCUCAUCAGCCUCACCGUCUAUGUUUCAGUUUUCAAAGUCAACAAACGCUUCAGCCGACAGUACUGAAGCCUGUGUCACUUCUGAUACAGUGACUUUGAGUGAUUCCAGUGUUUAAUGAGUUGUUUGUAAAAUGUCCUACUUUGUCGUAUUUGCACGCAUUUGUUAUACAGAAGCUAAACAAUGUGUUGAAUCAGUGUGUUAGUUUUACGAGUUUGGACAGUUUCCGGUAGUAAAAUUCAAACAUAACUUGAGGAGAAAAGCUUCUAACAUUCUUUGUUUGUAUUUUAUAAUACAGGCUGUUAAUACUUUGGUUCUUUUACAUGUUUACAAAGUGCAAAGUGUAAAUGACACCGAUGAGACUAAAUCUAGAUCCUGGAAAAAAAGAGUAAACCACUGAAUAUUAAGUUCAUUUACAGUUUCAGUGCUUAUUGAGUUUAUAUUCAUUUCAGUGAGUUGUUUUAGUCUCAAUCAUGGCUGAAUUUCAUGUGACUAAUAAACAGCUCUUAAAAAAAA